AUGGAAUCACCUUGCAUACACUGUCAUGCAAAAAUAUUUCACAAUGAAGCUAAAGGAUUUUGCUGCUCUAUUGGUGAUAUAUCAUUAGUGUCAAACCUUGUGCCACGCCAACUUCAUGCUCUUUUUACAUCUGAUUCUGAUGAGUCAGCAGAAUUUCGAAAAUAUAUUCGAACAUAUAAUAACACUUUUGCAUUUACAUCCUUCGGUGUUAAAUAUGAUAAAGAGUUAUGCAAGAGAAAUAAAGGAAUACAUACAUUUCGAAUUCAAGGACAAGUGUAUCAUUUCAUAAAUGAAUUGUUGCCAUCAGAUAAUCACCCUUCCUAUUUGCAACUUUAUUUUUACGACAUAGAGCAUGAACUCCAACAUCGAAUGUGUAAUUCAUCAAAAAUGAAAUCGUACAUAUUGACAAAAUUAAUCGAGAUAUUAUCAUUCAACCCUUACUGUCGCUUCUUCAGAAAUCUAAGAGAAUUGUCUAAUUUAGAUAACUAUAAAAUCCUCAUUCGAUCAAACACUCACAUAGAUCAACGAGUUUACAAUGCUCCUUCAAUUUCUCAAGUUGCGGCAAUGUGGACUGAUGACCAUUCCUCUGGUGAGCAUAAAAAUCGGGAUAUUAUUGUUCAAAGCCAUUCAGGAUAUUCACACAAUGUUGAAUAUUAUUUCAGCUGUUAUGACCCUUUGCAAUAUCCUUUAUUAUUUCCCCAUGAAGAAAGUGGUUGGCAUUGUGGAAUUAAACGAGCUUGCAAAAAUACUUAUACACUAUAUGCCACGAACACUAAAUUAUUUGAUUUAGACCACAUAGAACUUCCUACAGAACUUCUCCAGAAAGAAGCACAAGUAUGUACAAAUAAGACAACGCGAACUAACGUUUCUUGUCGAGAAUAUUAUUGCUACAAGUUACAAAUUAGGCCAUCGGAGGAGUCAAUUUUAUUGCAAGCAAGAAGGUUGCUACAACAAUAUGUUGUUGACAUGUAUGUUAAGUUGGAGACAUCUAGACUAGAUUAUUUCCGUCAUAAGCAAAAAGAGAUUCGAGCUGAAUUAUAUCAAGGAAUCAUUGACAGUAUUGAGGAUGGUGAAAAUCGAGGAUGUACAGUUGGUCGUAGGAUUAUUCUACCUUCAUCGUUUAUUGGAGGACCUAGAGACAUGAGAAAAAGAUAUAUGGAUGCAAUGACAUUAGUUCAACGAUUUGGAAAACCAGAUAUAUUCCUCACAAUGACAUGUAAUCCUAAUUGUCAAACAUAUGAUACAUGGUCCUUGUGGUUUUUUAAACCCAAAGAAUGCUUGCAUGACGAAGAAGGAAACUGUAGAAAUCGCUAUCCUAAAUCUUUUUGCUCCGUCACAACACAAGCACAAAAUGCAUAUCCUAGAUAUAAACGAUGCGAUGAUGGUAAACACAUUCAAGUAAGAGGCACUACUUUAGAUAAUCGUUGGGUUGUUCCAUACAAUCCAUUUUUACUUGCAAAAUUUGACUGCCAUAUGAAUGUAGAAAUAUGUUCUACUAUAAAAGCUGUGAAAUACUUGUAUAAGUAUAUUUACAAGGGACACGAUCGUGUGACUUUCAAUAUUACAUCUUCAAAUGAUGAGAAUAUGAUUAAUGAAAUUGAUAAUUUCCAAUCAGCAAGAUGGAUUUCGGCUCCAGAAGCUAUGUGGAGAAUAUAUGGUUUCACAUUAAAUGAAAUGUACCCAGCUGUUUAUUCACUUCAAUUACAUCUCGAAGAUAAACAACUCGUUACAUUUAACACAUCAACAAAACUUUCACAUAUAGUACAAUCUGAUGUGUUCUCACGAUCUAUGCUAACUGAAUUCUUCAGAAUGAACAGCUACAAUGAAGCCGCACGAACACUUUUGUAUAAAGAGUUCCCUGAAAAUUUUGUUUGGAAUCAACAACAAAAAAUUUGGACACCACGAAAGAAAGGAGUUGUCAUUGGACGAGUAGUGUCUGCAUAUCCAACUGAAGGUGAACGAUAUUAUUUAAUAUUAUUGUUAAAUCAUAUAAGAGGAGCAAGUUCUUUUGAUGAUCUCAAAACUUUCAACAACAUUCAAGUUACAACAUUUCGCAAGUCAACUAUGUUACAUGGAUUAUUGAAGUCGGAUAAUGCCAUAGAACAAUGCUUAGAAGAAGCCAAUCUUUACCAAAUGCCUUGUACUCUACGACGAUUGUUUGCUACUAUUUUAAUUUAUUGCAGACCUACUAAUCCUAAAAAGUUAUGGGAACUAUUUGAAAAACCAAUGUCGGAAGAUUACUCUACUUCACAUCCACCUUUAUCUCAUAUAAGAUCACAAGUGCUCCACCAUAUUCAUUCAGUGCUUCAAACAAUGGGAAGUGAUAUCAAUGUUUACCAUUUGGUCGAUUAUACAAUCACAUCCAAUGAAGAAGCUAUGAAACUAAAAGAAAUACGCGAAGAAUUAAAUAUAUUAAUAUCUGAAGAGGAUUUAUUACUACCAGAAACUUUGAAUGUCAAACAAAGAGAGGCAUAUGAUAUAAUUGUUCAAAAAGUAUUUGCUGGAGAAUCUGCUACCUUUUUCAUAGAUGGACCUGGGGGAACUGGGAAAACUUAUUUAUAUAGAGCUAUUCUUGCUACAGAUACUAUAUGCACAGUUAGCAAACCAUCUGGAUUAGCCAAAUUACUACAAUGCACAAAAUUGAUAAUAUGGGAUGAAGCUCUAAUGUCUCAUCAUCAAUCAAUAGAAGCUUUGGACUUAAUGGUGAAAGAUAUAAAUGAUUUUGCUCAACCAUUUGGUGGUAAAAUUGUUGUGCUUGGUGGAGAUUUCCGACAAGUAUUACCUGUUGUUCAAAAAGCCAGAAGAGAAGAAACUAUUGAUGCAACUUUAGUGAAAUCAUAUUUAUGGCCUUUACUUCACAAAAUUCAAUUAACAGAAAAUAUGCUCGCACGAUUAAAUCCAAACUUUUGUAAGUUUUUACUUCAUGUCGGCAAUGGUGAAGAACCAACAAAUAAUGAUGAAAAGAUUGAAAUUUCUGCAUCAACGAUUAUUCCAUAUGAAGAUGAUACUUUUUUUUUUAGGAAAAGAAAGACUUUAUAUUCAACUAGCACAAACCAAAUACAAGACUAA